AUGAGUCAAAUCAUUUUAUUUUCCCUACUUCUGUUGAAGACUUCGUUGGGACUUGAAAACAAGCCGAUCACUUUGUACGCUUCGUUGUUCAUUGAGAACAUUCACUCGUUCGAUUGGAGCAAUGGGGAUUUUGAAAGUACAGUCGAGCUUUUGUUGACAUCAGAAUCGUCGGAAACGAGUCAAACAUUCGAAUUGAGUACAAUCGAUGCACAAACCGAGCCACAUCCCUUCUCCGAUGUGGCUUUUGAUUCACACAAAAUACAGGUCCUUGGUGAGAUGCGAUGGGUUGUUCGAGCUGGGGGCGAUGUUGUCACGUCAAAGCAACGGUCUGUUUUUAAAGUAACGAUCAACGAUCAACGAGUUCGUCUCACAUCAAAUUGUCGCUUCUCAACGUGGAGAUAUCCAUUUGAGAAGCACACUUGCUCGAUCAGAGUCGUCUCUCCUCGUCACACAGCAGCUCAGCUCACUCUUCAAUGGUCGAAAACAAGUUCCCCAAUUCGAAUCGUUUCCAAUCGACUUCUCACUCCAUCUGGAGCUGAAAUUCAAGAUUUGACUCCCGUCUCUUGCUCAUAUGAUUCGGUCUACUCGAUUACAAGUGGAGGCUCGAAAACUGCUCGUCAUUCCUGUCUCGAGGCUCGUUUCAUCGCUCGUCGUCCGAUGCGUCAAUUCAUCGUCCGUUUUGUCAUCCCAUCUCUCCUCAUUCCAUUUCUCCUCUGGAUCUCAUUCUUCGUGAUCCGAUCAAAUCCCACUCUCCGUUUCUUCAUCAUCUCUUCAGCCGCAUUCUUAGUCUCAAUCUUGUGUUUAUCUCUGAACUACAAUUCCCCAUCAUCUGACUCGAUCACUUUGGCCGAUCUCUGGAAUCUUGUUCACAUAAUAUUUUUGAUUUUCGGGCUGUUACAUUUUGCGGUGAUGAUUUUUCUUCAAAAUUCUCACAACAAGUAUCUAGAGUUGGCAAGGAAAAGUGAUUGGACUCGGGAAGAAAGUCGCAGACGUUACGAGAGACGAGCUGGCACUAAAGUGGCUCAAAUGAAACUCAUCGGAAAUGGGAAUGGGGAAAAGAAUGGAUCAGCGCAUGAGCAGGAGCCUCUGACCGCUUCCUACGAUCGAGUGAUAUUCAACGCGUUUCGCUCAAACGCUGACAAAUUCUCUCUAUAUUCGGCUAGAUGGGAUAUCCUCGGCCGGUCGCUUCUCCUGCCCGCCUAUUUCCUAACGAUUUUUCUCUAUUUCCUUUGGAAUCUUAUUUUGUAUGAUGAAAAAACAUACAAAAGC